AUGGCGUCGACACAUGGCCGUCCUGAAGCCCCGCCGAUGACGCUGCUCACCCUACCCGAGGAGCUUCACGAGGAGGUCCUCCUCCGCCUCCCCGCGGCCGCUGACCUCGCCCGCGCCUCCAUUACCCGGGUCUCCUUCCGUCGCCUCGUCACCGACCACCGCUUCUUCCGCCGCUUUUGCUUCCACUUCCGCGCCCGCCAGCCGCCGCCUCCCCUAGGCAUCGUUUCUCACCGAUCCCACCGGUACCUGCCGUUGCUGCAGCUGGCCCAGCCACCGCACCCAUCCGCCGCCGUGGCGAGCACUUUCGCCGGCUCUCACGCCGCCGACUUCUCGUGCUCCUUCAUCCCCUCCGCCGAGCGCUGGCAGGUGCGUGACCUGCGGGACGGCCGCGUCCUCCUCUCUGGCGUCCCAGAGGGGAGCAAAUUCUGUUGUCGCGUCUUGGCCAGGUACCUGGCCGUUUGUGACCCCUGUACCGGUGCUACACCCUGCUGCCUGCCAUCCCCGACGACCUCGCCGCUUUAG